UGGGGGUGAGGGUGAGCCGAGCCGAGCCGAGGAGCCGAGUCCAUCCCCUCCACGCGAGCAGGGAAGGCGGCGGCCGAUAAAAGCUCCCGGCGGAGAGGUGAGGAUCACACUCGCAUCCUGCAGUCUGCCAGAGCCGCUUCCCUGCUCGACCGUUCGCCGUCCUCACGACCUCAUCCUUCUCCUCUCUCGCUGAUCAUGGGGAUGCGCUCUCUCGAUGCCGAUUGUUUGCGUGCCAUGCGCCGCCUGGUGGCCGGACCCAAGGACCCCAACCGAUGGGUCUUUGAAAAGACCUGGGACCUCAACCCUUCCCGCUCCAAGCGGUUGACGCUCGGCUUCGACCUGCUGCGCAAGCUGGACAUCUGCACCGUCAUUGAGAGCCCCUCCGGCCUGGGCGUGAAGCUGUCCGUGCUCGAGUUGCAACACCUUCUGACGCCCUCCAUGCGGACCGACGUGUUCGAACACCUGGACCGCCCUCAGGCUGAGGGGGGCGUGAGCAGCAGAGCCGGCAACAUGGAGUUCCAGUGCGUCACCCUGCGCAACGGAGAACCGGGGCUGCGCCUCGCCAAGGGUGAGAGUUUUGUGAUUUUGGGGGAGGUGUCUUGCACCGCCCUGUACUAUGCUGCUCCAGCCAUCCUGCAACGUCUCGAUCUGUUGGACUCGGUGGGAGAGUUGGGCGCGGAGUGGCUCGUGCGGAGCAUGGAGGUGAUGCGUGCCCAGGCCCGCAGCAUGGGACAGCAGGCCCUGUCUCGUGAGAAAGAAGUGUACCCUGUGAUGACCGCUCUGAGCGGCAAACUGGGCUCAGUCAAACUGAUGGCGCCCACGCUCGAUAUAGAGGGAGAAUUUAUUUCAGACAUGCUGUUCCGCCACAAGGAACUCUUUGCAAGAAUGUUCAUUGAUUACAUGCGAUCUGACGAUGGCGACGUGAACGCCGAGUCUGCUUGAAACCAAAGAGACUGUGAUGGUGUGCCCAUGUAGGUCCCUAAGGCUUGUACAUAGACUAAGGUUUUUGUGUUUUUUUUUUUUUCUUGAGCCUCUGACGGCCAUGUGUACAGAGAUAGGGCCUUGUGUGUGUGUGUAUAUAAGCAUUUGUAUGUCGCCGCAACGGGCGAGCCCGACCAUGUUCACCGAAAUUUUGAAUUAU